AUUGAAGUGUUGUAUUUUGCAAAGAGUGCUGAAAUAGCUGGCGUUCGUUCGGAGACCAUUUCUGUGCCGCAGGAAAUCAAAGCGUUGCAACUGUGGAAGGAGAUAGAGACUCUGCAUCCUGGAUUGGCCGAUGUGAGAAACCAGGUGAUACUUGCUGUCCGGCAGGAGUAUGUCGAGCUGGGAGAUGAGCAGCUCCGGCUUCAGCCUGGAGACGAAAUUGCCAUCAUCCCCCCAAUUAGCGGAGGAUAGUGCACCGGAGCCAGCUAGGAAAGAUGUGGAUGAGGUUGAAGAGAAACCUAAAGACAUAAUACUGUUGACUAUGGAGAAGCUGUCAGUGGAUGAAGUCUCUCAGUUGGUCAUCUCCCCGCAGUGUGGUGCGGUAUCUCUCUUUGUGGGGACUACAAGAAAUAACUUUGAAGGCAAAAAAGUCAUUAGUUUAGAAUAUGAAGCUUACCUACCGAUGGCAGAAAAUGAAAUCAGAAAAAUUUGUCUUGAUAUCAGGCAGAAAUGGCCAGUCAGACACAUCGCGGUGUUCCAUCGACUUGGUCUGGUUCCGGUAUCAGAAGCAAGCACCAUCAUAGCCAUGUCCUCGGCUCACAGAGCCGCGUCCCUGGAAGCUGUGAGCUAUGCCAUCGAUUCUUUGAAAGCCAAGGUGCCCAUAUGGAAAAAGGAAAUAUAUGAAGAAUCAGCAUCAUCUUGGAAAAGAAACAAAGAGUGCUUCUGGGCUGCUGCAAAUUAGUCACUGGAUGUUUGGCGGUGCCCUAAAUCUUAAAUGUGGCAAACAAUCUCUUAGGUGAUACUAACAGAAAAAUAGAAGAAUGCAUGAGCGUGUGGGAUGAGGGGCUGCAGGAACUAAAGGUGGGAAGAAAUGGCUUGACUAAAAUAUGAGAUGAAGUGUCUGCUGGACCAUCCUUCUGAGACUAACUCCCAGUUGUAGCCAGCUCACAAGGGCUGUGUCCUCCCUUUUAUGGUCAUCUGUCCCAGGAAGACCUCCCUGUCUCAUUGGAUAUUGACAGCAUCAUUAUCAGGCAUGUUUUACAAACGAUCGGCAGGAUCAGAAAGUCAUUGUUAGUUUUGAUAUUAUAUAUUUUACAUAACUUAAACGUAAAACCAAAUAAAUCAAGAUUUUAAAUAGCUUAAAAGUAGAUUCUAUUUGUUUAUAUUCAGUGAUAAUAUCUAAGAAAUUUUAUAUUACAGAGACCACUGUGACUUCAGAAUCUAUAAUUAUACAGUAAACCUUUUUAUAUUUCAUAGUUAUCAGUAUCCUUAUGACUAAAAAUUAGCAUAAAAUUGUUGUAAAACUAACUAGCAGCAAAAUGGUUUGUGUUAAAGUGGUAUCUGAUGUUUGAAAGUUGGCCCACAACUACUUAGGGAGAUUAUGUGAUUAUUUAUUAAAAUAGUUUGGAUAGUUUUCAUAAUGUUUAUAUGACAUUAGCUUGUGUGAAGUUAUUACUAAACAAAUUAAAUUUUCUGCAAGGUUUUUAUACCAGACAUCCAGUUUUUGAUGGGUCAAGCUAUCGUGGCAGGCCCGAGUACAAAAGUACCUUACAAUUUGUUAUGAAUUUUUUUCAGCUUUAUUGACCUAUGUUUGAUAAGUAAAAUGUAUUUAAGUUCUAUAAUGUGGUGUUUGGAUGCUUGUGUUGUGAUCAUCAUGACCCAGAUGAAUAACACAUCUGUCGUUUUUGUAGCUUCAGUAGGGGGCGACUUCAGGUGCAUUCUGAGCUCCUAAAUAUUUAAAAUUCCAGCAUAGUUGGAUGAUAGAUGUCAUCUUAGAAUUAGCAGCAUUUAUGAUAAGAAUAAAGACUACCAUUAAACACUUA